AUGUCGAUCCUCCUGACAAAACUCUCCACGACUACAUCACAUCCUGUCAAAGAGGACUUGCCAUCGGUAAAUCUGCUCAUCCCUGUCCUGGUGCCAACGGUUGCCACCCUUCUGUUUCUGUCACUGGUCGUGGGGCUCCUACUGUUGAAGAGGAGACACGAUCAGAACGUGGAGACCAACAACGACCCCAGGGAUGCCCACUUCUGGGUAGUCCCGAAUGUUUCCACCCCGGGCCUGCUUAGGUCAGGAUCCCUCCCCGUUGUUAGCCGUACACGAAGGGAGAUCCCACAGGACACAGUCUCCCGAUGGUCACUUCCACCUGUACUUGCCUCCAUCGAACCGACGUACGCUGAGAUCCCCGACCAUGUAGCUGCUGCACAGCGGCCCCUGCCUGCUCUGCCGCACACCUACAGUGAGAUCCCAGAUCACAUCGCUGCAGCACAGCGACCUCUCCCUGCCCUCCCACACAUCUACAGCAACAUCCCACAAAACGCCAUCUCGCAGCUUCAACGAUCAGCUUCCCUCCCCACACCAACGCGCAUAGCGGGCGGAGAUGGCACCGCCUCCCGUACUUCAUUACCUGCUGCGCUUCCUUCACACGAACCUUCUGGUCGUGAUAUCACCUAUGGUGAUCAUGAUGAUGACGAUGGGUCCAUUCAUUUCUACGCCGCUGCUGCAGAUCUAUCGCUUCCUACACUCGGGUCGAAUGUGCAGACCCUACAGGCAAAGCUCUACUUCCCAAGCCCUGGCAGGUACAAUGCCGACUGUGUGACCCUCCGAGCUCGAGGUGAGAGACGGCAAGGAGUGUGGAGGCUCAAUCGUUUGUACCAACCUGGUAGCCAAGGGGUGAGAACAUAUGUAAAUGCCUCUGUAAGUCGUCCCACAAGGCAAGACAUCGUAGCCGUUACAUUCCCUAACACCUACUGGCCAUGGGAGAUCCCAGGGGAGGGAACCUGUAACACACCACGGCGUGCGUCUCUCUCCCUAGUCACACUACCUAACACCUACUGGCCAUGGGAGAUCCCAGGGGAGGGAACCCCUAACACACCACGGCGUGCGUCCCUCCACACCGUCACUCCACCUAACACCUACUGGCCAUGGGAGAUCCCAGGGGAGGGAACCCGUAACACACCACGGCGUGCGUCCCUCCCCACCGUCACACCACCUAACACCUACUGGCCAUGGGAGAUCCCAGGGGAGGGAACCCGUAACACACCACGGCGUGCGUCUCUCUCCCUUGUCACACUACCUAACACCUAA